CAACAAACCAAAAUUCCUUGAUCGAGCUUUACAUAGUUUCCUUGAUCAAAGCAGAAAAUCAUGGAAAAAUCAGCCACGAUCGGGUCCGAUGCAUGGAAGAACGCAAGUAUACGGAAUAUCAAGCUGUCCCAGACAGUUGUUGAGCGUGGAGAUAAAGCUUGUGAUAUGGGACAGCAGCUUGAUCCGCUACCAUCACUUAGAGACACUUGCGUUCAACAAAGUAAUGCUAGGAUUCAUGCUUAUGUUCGAGCCACCAGGGCUGUCCUUGUCAAGCUCCGAGAGAAUCUCUUGGAUACAAAUGAAGAGAUAAAGUCUUUGAUAAGAGGGAAGGAAGAUUUAGAAAAGACUUUGGAGCAUAUAAGGAAAGAUAUCAAGCUCAAUCACCAGUCCAUUGGAUUGAGAAAGACAAGGCCCACGCGAGAAAUGGGUGCUGAUGGUGCUGAUGAUGUUCUAGCAUCUGAACGACAGCAUUUGUUGAAGUUAAAGCGGAUACUUGAAGCACAGUUAAGAUCAGUACAGAAACAGCUACAGGUUCUAGAUUGCUGCAGGAAAAGACUGAGGGCUGCAAUACAAGAAAGAUCACGUGUCAUGGAUCUAAUCUGCCAUGCAGUUUCAUCCAUCCGAGGAGCAGGACUCAAGGAUCAAUUGGAGAAACCUUCCACGCCUGCUGUUGAACCUCUUGGUCCAUAUACACCAGAAUGUGCCAGGGCUGUAUCUGAAGCAACAGAUGCCAGGCAGAGAUCUAGUACUCUACGUCAAGAGGUAGCUGAAGCCAUUGAACAGACUGUCAAACUUCAAAAGGCAGCUCAUCGUUCUGUUAAUGAUGCUAUUACCCAGAAAGUCUCUGAGACUGUAACAAUGAGGCAACAUCUUCAAGUGGGUGGUGGUGAGUUGCGUAUGGCAAUUCAUCGCAAUAAGAGGUGGUAUGAUGCUUCUGAGAUGGCUCUUGGCUAUACACUGGGUCCUGUGGCAUACUCUGACUUAACUGUCAGAGAGCGUCUUGAUAGGCCUAUGGUAUCUGUAUUGCAGCAACAUCCAGGUACUCAGUUGCCAGAGGCUCGCGAGAUUGGGCGUGGUGGUAUGGGGUUACAAGAAUCUCUUAAUGCCACAGCACGUAAUGUAAGCUUACUGAGGCUCACAAAACAAAGAGUUAAUAAAGAUGCUCGUGACAAGCACCAUGCAUCCUUGAUUGAUUCCAAUAUUGUGCGCACUCGCAGACGUCUAGGCGACCAUCGCUGGGUCCUUGGCGGUGUAGGAUGUUAAUGAUAAACUGCACAAAAAGUUUCUUAACUGUUUUACUUUAAACUCUAAAAUUUUCUUUGUGGCAGAAAAUGACAUCUGUAAAAAUCGAGUGUACAUAAAUCUUGCUCUUUUUUUCAACCAUCAAAAAUCAAUGAAAAUAAAUCAUUCAUGGUGGGUUUUAAAUUUUCACAAAAAACUUAGUUUUUUAUUUAUGAAAGAGUUUUUGUUGAAAUGAUAGAUCGUUAUUUGUUGGUUAUGUAAAUGGUAGUUCAACUGUUACUAUUCAUCAAAAGUAAGUCUAAGUGCUGCAGGAACAAAAUAAAUGUUCAUUAUUGAUCAUCAAAUGCAAAAAUUUGUUUUUAAUAAUUCAAAUUAAACUGUUCUGGAUUGAUAAAUCUCCAGCUUUGAUUGCCUCUCAGCCAUUAAUAAAUAAAGUUGUGUCUAGAGUGAAAUAAAAGAAAUAAAUUAAUUUGAUUACUGGAUCAUAUAUUGCAUUGUGAUGUGACUAGCAUGUUAUCUUCACAUUCAAGUUUUAAAAAAUUUGCACAGCACAUAGUUUUAAACUUGGCAGUCAAUGUUGGAGAUGUAUAUAUAUAAGUAUUUGUUUUAUAAUCAUUGAUUUAUUAAAAGAUGAUAAAUUGUAAUAAUUAGCUGGUUAGUGUGUAGGAGUGUAGCUGUAAAGAUCAAAAGGGUAGUCUUAAUUGGGUAAUAAAAAAAUACUAGCAGUUUAUA